CAAAUCGCGGGGCAUUGUGGGGCGGAGGCGGCCUUUCUCUGCGUCCAGGCGAUCGGGAAAUCUUCAAGUAAAUACCGUUAACGGGGGGAGGAACAGUACGAGCGCAACCUGCGAAAAACCCAACACAUCAAAACUGUGUUGCGCUGAGCCUUAAUUAUUUAAAAAAAAUCGUAAUAUUACAGAAAUAUGGGGCAGGAGGAUCUCAUGAACACAGCCGAAGACGUGGCAGACCAGUUCCUGCGGGUAACCAAACAGUACCUGCCCCACCUGGCACGUCUGUGUCUCAUCAGCACCUUCCUGGAAGAUGGCAUCCGCAUGUGGUUCCAGUGGAAUGAGCAGAGAGACUACAUUGAGGCUACCUGGAGCUGUGGCUACUUCCUGGCUACAUGCUUUGUGCUGCUUAACCUCUUAGGACAGCUGGGUGGUUGUGUCCUCAUCCUCAGUAGAAAUUUUGUACAGUAUGCCUGCUUUGGACUAUUUGGCAUCAUAGCGCUACAGACUGUUGCAUACAGCAUUUUAUGGGACCUUAAAUUUUUGAUGAGAAACCUCGCCCUCGGAGGUGGUCUGCUCCUGCUGCUGGCCGAGUCUCGUUCGGAAGGAAAGAGCAUGUUUGCUGGAGUCCCCUCCAUGGGAGAGAGUUCGCCAAAGCAGUACAUGCAGCUGGGUGGUCGAGUACUGCUAGUGCUCAUGUUCAUGACUCUGCUGCACUUUGACUCCAACUUCUUCUCUAUCCUGCAGAAUAUGGUUGGGACUGCCCUCAUCAUACUGGUGGCCAUCGGCUUCAAAACCAAGCUAGCGGCGUUGACCCUCGUCGUGUGGCUCCUGGCUAUCAAUGUCUACUUCAACGCUUUCUGGACCAUCCCUGCCUACAAACCCAUGCACGACUUCCUCAAGUACGACUUCUUCCAGACCACCUCGGUCAUCGGCGGUCUGCUGUUGGUGGUGGCACUUGGACCUGGCGGAGUGUCCAUGGAUGAGAAAAAGAAAGAGUGGUAGGCAAAGGGGAUAAAGAUAAGAGGAUUGCACAGCACCACUAACUUCCCCCACCAACCAGGACACAAAGACCCCCCCCUCCCUCCAUCAGGGUACACCGUUUUUCUAGCUUAUCUUUUAUUUGGCCAAAUCUAUAGACACCACGUCACCCAUCUAUGGACAAUAUUUUUUUUUUCUAUUUCCUCCAAACUGCUGUUUUUGGUUUUUAAUUGAACAUAUAUGAUGCCAGAUUUCUUCUAAACCCUUCUUGAAUGUCCUUUUUCCACGACAACAAGAAUAAAAAAAGGCCCGUGUAUUAGGUAAGGUAAACUACUAAUGGAUAAGUGGAAGAUUUAUUUGUUCUGUGCGCAGCAGGAAUGAAAAUAAUUUAUUGUAUUUUAUGAGUGUUAUGCCAUAAAUUAUAAUAGAUUUAUGUUAAUAUUUUCUGAAUAAAACCGGCAAAUUGGAUCGAGUGCAGCAGUUUGGGGUCCCCUCAUGGAUGCUGGUCUUUUUCUGCCAUUGGAUCUUGGGGUGUCUGUGACUUACUCACCAUAUUGAUGCAGAGAACUUGGGCACUGAUUUGACAGCAACUUGCCUUGACUCUCCAGGUUUCAUCCCCCCCCCCCUUUUUUUUUCUGUGACACCCUAGCCUUUCAAUACAUCUGCACACCUUCAGUCUCAACUGACUUUUGUUCAUGGGGAGACAAAUCCAGUGGGGACGUGUACAUUGUAUACAAAGUGGUGGAUUGCAGUCGUGCUUGAUUGAAAAUUUCAACACAAUUGUUAGCUCCAGGACUUGUCAUUGGGCACUUUGUACUGUACGUCUUUGGCAAAUGCCUAACUAGUGAACUGUAUAUGAUCGGGGAUAAUAGGGGGGAGGCUCAACAUUUGUGAAACACCAUAUUCUGCGAUCUAGAAAAGCAAGGAGGACUAAGCAGAGUCACUAGCCACCUGGACUUUGUCUUUGCUUAGUGUUUUUUGCCCUGUGUAAGAAAAUUAAAAAAAAAAAUUCAGUGUAUUGAUUUUCAGAAGUUUAUAUUGUAUUUUUGAUCAUUUGUUUUUUGAUUUUGGAAGUUCAUGGCGAAGAAAUAAAUAUUCAAAAAUAUGAAGUCAGUCUCGAUCGAGGUUUUUAGCUCUUAUGAGACCUCAGAUGUUCUCCGAGGUUGAAGGACUUUGGUGGACCAGUUAAUCAAAUUAAUGAAAAUUCUCUACCAAUGAAGCACCCAGAUGGAGUACGAACAUGCAGUAUAGUAAAGGCUUUGUGAGGACCUGUUGGACAUUGCUGCUUCUCAGAAAAUGGUAAUGAAAACUAAACAUUGUUUUGCCAUACUGAAUGACACCAACACUAUGUAAGUUACACAUUGGGUGUUGUAUAGGUGUUGGAAUCAGACUCCACAGAGCAGUUUGUUGUAAGGUCAAAGACACUGAGCAAAUACUGACCUCUAAUGGACUACUGUGGUAAAGCUUCACAGCAAUGGAGCAUUUCAUUGUUUUCAGCCACGUUAAUAAAAUAUGGGACAGAG